UAAUGCAUAUUUGAAGAAAAUUAUGGCGGUUUAGAAAGAAGCCGUGGCAAAACUAACUUCUUCAUCUCUCUCACAUCUACAAAUUACAAUUUCGCUUAUCGUUUGAUUUGUUCCGUGAAAAUGGCGGCGGCGGUGCUGACGUCUUCGAUUAUGCGUAUCAAAGCUUCGUCCAGCGCUUUCUCCAAGAGUAGGAGAGUUCGACGUCCCCAAAAUGUCGACGGAGACUUGUUCGUCGAUAAUACAUGCAUAGAUUGUGACACCUGUCGUUGGAUGGCUCCGGAGAUAUUCAAACGACAGGAUGGCAUGUCUGCAGUGCUUCAACAGCCAACAUGCCAUGAAGAGAGAACCAGAGCUCUUCAGGCAUUACUUUCUUGUCCGACAAACUCGAUCCACACAGAACAGCCCCCUCGUGAUAUUUUAGCAGUUCAUAAAACGUUCCCAAAUCCAAUUAAUGAGGACAAAAUUCAGGGAGUGUACCACUGUGGUUACCACUCUGAAAAAUCAUAUGGAGCAACAUCCUAUUUUGUGCAACGACCCGAAGGGAAUAUAUUAAUAGACAGCCCUAGAUACACGGAGAGACUCGCCAGCAAUAUCAAGAAGAUGGGUGGAGUUCGCUUCAUGUUUCUCACCCACAAGGAUGAUGUUGCAGAUCAUGAUAAGUGGUCAAAGGAGCUGGGUUGUUCGAGGAUUAUUCAUUCGGAAGAAGUAUGUGAUUCGACAGCUGAUGUGGAGAUCAAGCUAGAGGGAAAUGGCCCGUGGACCCUUGGCAGCGACAUCACACUUAUACACACCCCAGGACACACAAAAGGUUCCGUCUGCUUACUCGACAAAACUAGGAGGAUCCUCUUUACCGGUGAUCAUCUUCUGAUGGAUGAAUUUGGAUGGAGCAUACUAGACCAAUACAAUUGGUUUUCAGUUACUGAACAAUUGAAGAGUGUCCAGAAGCUGGUUGAGCUGGAUUUUGAAUGGAUACUACCUGGACAUGGGAGGAGAGCAUCAUUUAAAAAUGCCCAGGAAAAAGACACGUCGUUGAAAGCUUUCUUGGCCGCCAGAGGAUUUCAGGGUUAGACGUUUUGCAUUUUCCUAUUGCUAUCGUUCUCUCUUCAAAACAUAGCAGUGCAAAUGUAAAAACCCACUAUACUACUAUCAACUUUUUCACACAACCUUCUUUAGAAUGUGCGUUUGGAAACCA